AUGGAUAGACUGUUCCUAUUGUUCUUUUUUGUGGCGUCUUUUUCAACGGCAAGGUGUUUGGCUUCAGAAGAUAAUACAGAUCACAUCGACUACCAGCGUCUUCCACCGCUCGCUCGUCACUUCGUCAGGGCACCAGAUCCAAGCGACAAUCCACAGACAUCAACCACCAAAGAAACAGCAGGCGGUCCCGGUGUGACGACCCUCACCGAGGCAAUCACACUCGCCGUCAUGAGCGGCAUAUGCGGCCCGUCGCUCUUCGUCUUGAUCGCCUGUGGAAUCCGCCAGAUCCGGCUGACCUGGGACGAUCCGUUCGCCGGAGGCAAGCGCCCCACGGAUCCAUCGGCUGCCCGCCGGAAGCAGAGGAGAUCUGUCGAUGACGAUGAUGAUGAGCAGGGUAGCUAUGCAGAUGACAACUCGGACCCGUUGAAUCUGGAUCGGGCGGUUACUCUGGAUCUGGAUAAAAUCAGAGCGAAAUUUAGUCCUACAAGUGCAAAGGAGAAUAACAACGACACGGCUAAGGUUAACAAAGGAUACAGCAAAACUGCAGAAGACAUACUUUGA